AUGGGAACAAAAAAGGGGCUUCUGCAAAUCAAAGAAGCCUUGCAGCUGGCUCAGAAGCCUCACCAGAACCACGCGAAGCUUCUUGUGGCUUUGAAGAGCACGUAUAACCAGUUGGAAAAUAAGGAAGAUUUUCAUGAAAAAUUCAUUCAUUUCCUGAAAUAUGCCAUGAUAAUCUACAGACGGGAGCCAGCGGUGGAACACGUGAUCGAUUUCGUCGCGAAAUUUGUUACUUCAUUUUUUGAAAUGGAGAAAGAUAGUGGUAAUAACUGGGAAGGAGAAGAUAAUUUACUCCUGAAUUGUGUGUUUAACUUUCUGCUUCAGUCUCACAAUGCAAACAGCCAUGCAGUUAGGUUUCGAACGUGUCAGCUUGUUAAUAAGAUUUUGGGAAAUAUGCCGGAGAAUGCCCAGAUUGACGAUGAGUUAUUUGAUAAAAUUAAUGAAGCUAUGCUGAUUAGACUUAAAGAUAAAUUUUCCAAUGUGAGAAUUCAAGCUGUCUUGGCCCUGUCGAGACUUCAAGACCCUAAUGAUGAAAACUGUCCUGUUGUUAAUAUUUACAUCACGUUGCUUGAAAAUGAUUCAAACUCAGAAGUGAGGCGUGCAGUGCUGUCAUGUAUUGCUCCAUCAGCAAGGACUUUGCCAAAAAUUGUAGGCCGCACCAUGGAUGUAAAGGAAGCUGUCAGAAAGCUGGCAUAUGAGGUUUUGGCAGAAAAAGUUCACAUGAGAGCUCUGUCAAUAGCACAGAGAGUGAAAUUGUUGCAACAAGGACUUAAUGACAGAUCUGAUGCUGUCAAGGAGGUAAUGAAGAAGCUGCUCCAAGCCUGGUUACAAUUGACUGAAGGGGAUGUUUUAGAAUUACUUCAUCGACUGGAUGUCGAAAAUUGUCCAGAAGUGGCCACCCCAGUGCUAAAUACUAUAUUUUCAUUGUCUCCACUUCAAGACUUUGUUCAGAACUGUAAAAACCUUGACAACAGAAAACUGAUUCCACUCGAAGACUUAACAGCUGAGAAUGUGUUAUAUUGGAGAUGUCUCUGUGAAUAUCUAAAAUCUAAAGGUGAAGAAGGUGAAGACUUACUAGAACAGAUGUUGCCAGAACCAGCUAUAUAUGCAGAUUAUUUGUCAAGUUAUCUUCAAAAUAUGCCAGUUCUUAGUGAAGAGCAAAAAGAAGACUUUGCCUGUUUUGAAAACAUGAUGACAAAAGAAUUUAUAGGCCAGCAACUGAUUCUUAUCAUAGGCUGCAUGGAUACCAUGGAAGAGGGAGGAAGAAAGCAUCUGUUAGUUACUUUACAGAAGAUUCUCGUUCUACCUGCAACUUCAACAGCCCUUGUAUCACUGCUUGUGGAAAGAUUGCUCAGUAUGGUUAAGGAUGAUAAUGGAAAGAUUCAAAUCGUUGCAGAAAUUAUAUCAGAAGUUCGUGAGCCAAUUGUUGCAGUUGAACAGCCUGUUGAUGCCGCUGAAAUAAGAAAGCGGGAGCUGAAGUUGGCUGAAAUAAAAGUGAAACUUUUUGAAGCAAAAGCAGCUUUGGAAGAAUGCAUUACUCUGCAGGAUUUUAAUAAAGCCUCAGUAUUAAAAGAGGAAAUAAUAGAGUUGGAACACAGAAAAAAUGAUCUGAUAAAAGAAGCAGAGCAACCCGAAAUUGAAGAAAUGCGUGUGGAGAAGAGUGAUCCUGAAACACUCUUGAAGUGUCUAAUGAUGUGCUACGAGCUUCUGAAGGUCAUGUCCCUUUCUACAGGAAUCAAUCCAACCAUUAAGGAAAUCACUGAAUCUCUGAUACUUCCUGGUGUAACAAAUGUCCAUCCAGCUGUGAGAAAUAUGGCAGUUAUGUGUUUGGGUUGCUGUGCCCUUCAGAACAAAGAAUUUGCCCGACAGCAUCUUGCAUUGCUGUUACAGGUUUUACAAAUAGAUAAUUUAAAGGUAAAGAUCAGUGCUUUAAGGGCAAUCUUUGAUCAGCUAAUGCUCUUUGGGAUUGAGCCAUUUAAAGCCAGAAGAGACAAUGACUCUCAAAGUGAGGAUGCACUCUCAACAGAGAAUUGUGAGGAAGAAAGUGAAGCAAUAGAGGAGGAAGACUCUGCUACAGUUCACAGUCUCCUGCAGCUUCUUUCUGGUUUCUUAGACAGCGAGUUUUCAGAACUUAGGACAGAAGCUGCAGAAGGCAUGGCCAAACUGAUGUUCUCUGGGAGGCUGAUCAGUGCCAAGCUUCUUUCUCGCCUUAUUUUGUUGUGGUAUAAUCCUGUGACUGAAGAAGAGACACGGCUUAGACACUGUCUAGGAGUUUUCUUCCCUUUGUUUGCUUAUGCAAAUAGGUCUAACCAGGAAUGCUUGGAAGAAGCUUAUCUUCCAACUCUGCGAACACUGUUAAAUGCUCCUGCAACUUCACCUUUGGCUGAAAUUGAUAUCAGUAAUGUUUCUGAACUGUUAGUGGACUUGACCAGACCAAGUGGCCUGAAACCUCAGUCUAAAAAGUCUCAGGACUAUCAGGACUUAACAGUGCAUGAUAGCUUAGCAAUGAAAAUUUGCAAUGAAAUCUUGACGGACCCCACUGCACCAGACGUUCGUAUUUAUGCAAAAGCUUUGAAUAUGCUAGAACUCAGUAGUUCUUCCACAGAGAAUCUUCUGAUUCUGCUCAAUGACAUUCUAGAGAAAGUGGAAGAUAAAUUGUGUCAAAGAGCUAUUGAGAAGAUCAAGAUGAACUUGACCAAAGAUUCUAAUGUGGGCAAAGACCACUCUGAAAGGACUGAGGAAACGGGCCUCUCUGAAAGGAUACAGGACACUGACACUGCGCUCUCUGAAAGUACUGCUCAAAAUGAAGAAGAAAAUGAAGAUGCUUCUCAAAUGCCAUUUAAUGAAGGUAAAAGUAAAGAGAGUGCAAAAUUGAAAUCCACGAGAAACAGAGCUGGCAAAGGACGACAGAGUGCGGCAGCAGCAGUGAGGUCUGUGAGCACAAGAAGAACUGGCACAGCUGCCAAAUGCGGUUUUGAAAGUGGUGAUGAAGUUCCAGAAUCGGUCCCAGUGUCAAGUUCAAGGCCUUCAAGGCGAGCAAAAGAAGUAGCACUUGAAAAAACAAGAAUGAAUCUUUCAAGACUUUUGAGUAGGGAAGCAGACCAAUGA